ACUAACUACCCAUCAGCAGACCGCCGUUCCCACAGGAGACAUGGGAUUGUGGAGUCACCGAGGGGGGGAAACUCUUCUCAGCGGCUCACCACAACAAGUCAGCCCCGCAGAGGGAAGUAUGUUUUAGCUUCACGCUGUGACAGGAGCCUCUGCUUUAACACAUGAAAUUUACUUUCUAAUAAGUAAAGAGCCGGAAGAGAAAGACGUUAAAUGACAUCCGUUUGUUUCUGAUACCUGGGGCAAAGUGCCACACCUUCGCUUAGCACGACAGCUCCACAACUAAGCUGGCCAAAUGGGGUGCCGAUGCUGCCGGAUGAUAAAAAGCUACAUAUAUGAUCCUUCUGUGGCUGUGGAUGUGAGGAAGAGUGACUCUGCCGGCAGCUCCUUCUACCAGCCCCACCACCGCACCGGCGGCGAUCCCAGCCGUGACCCACACAGCGGCCACAACAAGCAGAAGCAGGGCUUCCACAACAUGGGCUACAGCAAGUCCAACGACAGCACGCUGAAACUGGAGUUUGACAACAACCAGGUCAACCACAAGCUCCACGCUGCACCAUCACUUGCAAAGGAGCUGCACCAGCAACAGGGUCCUCCAUCUGCAGAGGGGGCGCUGUACAUCAUCCAGCCACAAGCACAAUUGGUGGAAAAAAGUCCGAGCCAGGUGCCUGUGUACCCCAACAUACAGGAGUAUGAAAAUCAGAGGGGUUACGGCGAGCAGAACCAUGGAACAGGAAAUGGGUGGGACAGUUCCAUCACUACGAGUAAGAUCGGAGGUAAAAGCCAGUCAGUGGACGAGAUAGAUGAGGGUGUGGGAGGGACACCAGAGUACCCUUGUGACACAGGAGAUGAGGGUAGCAUCUUGUCUGUGGACAUUCAUACCAGCACCACCAGCUUGUCUUCAGCUGGCACACGAGACGAACUGCAAAAGACUCCGGACGUUUCCACCAAAGAGAGCGGGAUCUCUGUGUCGAAGAGCGAGGACGAGGAGGACCUGAGUAAGGAGGAAGUGCAGAGCGUCACAGACUCAAUGGUGGCGGAGGCUCUGGCCGCUUUGGAGGCUGCCACUGCUGGGGAGGACUUCGAGUGACAGAAAACUGAUCUUUAACUUGACAGAGCGUUUAAAUCCACUAAGAAGCUUUGCCACAGUUCUUAAUAGUGAUGCUUUUAUCUGAAAACAUUACACGAAGGAAAGCUUUACAGAAAAGCACAGAUUUAUUUUUGAAGUUUUUGAUCUAUUUUUAUUGCAGCAGAACAUAAUUUCUGCUUUGUGAAGGAGGCUACAAUUCUAAAGCCACAGGGUUUGUAAAAAGCUGUGAUUGAAGAAACCAGUAUGCAAACUGAACACCGCCUGCAGGCAUAUCAUAAUGUGUUUAACACUCCACAUUACUAAUAAGCCUGCAUGUGCUCACCCACUGCUUAGUCAUGUGUGUACUGCCCUUACAAUGCAUUCACAAAAUAUUCACAAGGCUUCACUUUUUCCCCAUUUUGUUAUUUUAUAUCCUUAUUUAAAAAUGGAAUAAAGUCACUGUAUUCCCCAAAACUCUACACACAAUUUCUCAUAAUGACAAUGUGAAAAAAGUUCUUUUAAAGGUUUGCAAAUGCAUUAAAUAUAAAAACUAAGCUCAAAAUUGAGCUCAGGUGCAUCCUGUUUCUGCUGAUCAUUGUUGAGAUGUUCUACAGUUUAACUGGAGUUCAUCCGUGGUAAACUCAGUUGAUUGUUCAUGAUUUUAAAAGCCUAACACCUGUCCCACAUUUCACAGUGCAAGCAACACUCUGGUUCAUACUCCUGACCAGUUGGUGGUGGAAGGGCACUAAAUUGUUGCCUGCCAGCCACCAACAAAAAUCAAAAGAAGUGCAUGUUAGAGCACAAACAAAGCGUGAAGUCAAAGUAAUUGUCUCAGGGCACAAAUCUGAGGAAGAGUACAGAAAUUUUUCUGCUGCUUUGUAGGUCCCAAUGAGCACAGUGGCCUGCAAUGGAAGAAGUUAAGAACCACCAGGACUCUUCCUAGAUCUGGCUUGCCAUCUAAACUGAGCGAUUGGGGGGGAAGGCCCCUAGCCAGGGAGGCAACCAAGAACCCGACAGUCACUCUAUCAAAGCUCCAGCGUUUCUGUCUGGGGUAAGGAGAAUUUUCCAGAAGAACAACCAUCUCUGCAGCAAUCCACCACUCAGGCCUGUAUGGUAGAGUGACCAGACGGAAGCGACUCCUUGGUAAAAUGCACAGCAGCCCACAUGGACUUUGCCAAAAGACACCUGAAGGACUCUCAAACCACAAGAAACUAAAUUCUCUGGUCUGAUGAGACAAGGAUUGAACUUUUUGGCAUAAAUGCCAGGCAUCAUGUUUGAAGGAAAGCAGGUAGCACUCAUCACCAUGAAGCAUGGUGGUGGUAGCAUCAUGCUGUGGGAAUGUUUUGGGUUUUUUUGUUUUGUUUUGUUUUUUUUAGCAGCAGGAACUGGGACACUAGUCAGGAUAGAGGGAAAGUGGAAUGCAGCAAUGUACAGAGUCAUCCUGCAUGAAAACCUGCUUCAGAGGACUCUUGACCUCAGACUGGGGCAAUGGUUCAUCUUUCAGCAGGACAACCCAAAGCACACAGGUUAGGUAUCAAAAGAGUGGCUUCAGGACAACUUUGUAAAUGUCCUUAAGUGGCCCAGCCAGAGUCCAGACUUGAGAUCUGAAAAUGUCUGUGCACGUAUGCUUCCCAUCCAACCUGACGAAUGAGCGAAACUGCCCAAAGAGAGGUGUGCCAAGCUUGUGGCAUCAUAUUCAACAAGAUUGAGGCUGUAAUUGUUGCCAAAAGUGCAUCAACAAAGUACAUAAUACUUAUAUACAUGUGAUUUCUUAGUUUGUUAUUUUUAAUAAAUUUGCAAACAUUAAUACUUUUUUCCUGUUGUCAUUAUGAGAUAUGGGUAAAUUUUUCAGGAAAAAAAAUUAUUUAUAAGGUUGUGAUUUAACAAACUGGAAAAAGCGAAGUUCUGUGAAAACUUCAAAGAUGCACUGUACAUAUUAUGUUUUAUAAAAGUCACUAGUUCCUCACCAGAACUUCCUGGCUCUUCAGGAUUGCCCACUUACCUAAGCAAGUGAAAUAGAAAAGGUCAUCACAUUAGAUUAUUUGUUUUACUUGUAGUUUUGUUCUUAUAUUGUUUUGUCUUAUUUAUAAAAUUUAAACAUUUUCUUUGAUUUACUUUAUGAAGAAAAUAAUAUUUUCCAAGACUACAGAAGAGCGAAAGGGGCCAUUUCUUAUAGCUUUUUGCUUACAUGUCCUCACCGAUUUCUGAAUAAAACAUGAAAAAUCAACCUGGGAAAAAAGAAAAAUGAUAAUGUGCAUAUUUAAUAACAAUUUCAGUGCACUUAAUUGCACGUUUAAUUUGUUUUUCUGUGAUGUAUGAGGUUCUUUUCUCUCAUUUCAUGUUCAGUUCAGUUGAACUUUUCUCACCUUAGCUUAACAAGACUAGCAAAUCUGCACACUUAACAUCACCGUGGCCAUCAAUUCACCCUUCCUACUCUUUUUUUUUUUUUUUUUUUUUUUUUUUUUGUCUAUUUUAUAGGUCAGGCUUUGAGUUUCCAGUCUGGCCAGUGACAUUAGUUCAGCCCAUGUGCCUAAUAUGAACUAACUGAGGCUAGCACAUACUGGAAAACAUAUGUGGAGUUAAGAAUUAAUGCUAAAUAACAGUUUGUUUCCCUGAUAUCCCCAUUUUCUGUAGUUUACCUGCCAAAUAAUUUCUACUGACUUUAUUUGUACUGUAAACAAAGCACAAUAAAGUUUUUCUGUGAUCAUU